UGUCUAUAAUACCAUGUGAACGUAUCUCUUUCUCUCUCUUCUCAAGAUCACUUUUUUUCAUCUUCUUCUCUCAGUGAGACGAAAUUUUCCAAAAGAAUAUCAGAAGACAUCAUCUGGGUUAUGGUAAAAACUUGAGCUUUUUACUUGAGAAGAAGAAGAAGAUCUUCGACCUGGGAAAAAACAGAGCUUUAAUGGCGUCCCUUAAUGAUAUAAUGGUUGCAGCAGCAAUCAAUAUACUUAGUGCAUUUGCUUUCCUUGUGGCAUUUGCUGUGUUAAGAAUACAACCCAUUAACGAUCGAGUCUAUUUUCCAAAAUGGUAUCUAAAGGGUUUAAGAAAUAGUACAGCUGGACUCUCAAAUGCAUUUGCACAGAAAAUUGUUAACUUAGAUUUCAGAUCAUAUUUGAGGUUCUUGAAUUGGAUGCCAGCCGCUCUUCGUAUGCCCGAACCUGAACUUAUUGAUCAUGCUGGAUUAGAUUCAGCUGUUUAUCUUCGAAUUUACUUGACUGGGUUGAAAAUCUUUGUCCCUAUUGCAUUCUUGGCUUUUACAAUCAUGGUACCUAUUAAUUAUACAAAUGUAACUUUGGAGAAGUCAAAUUUGACUUACAGUAAUAUUGAUAAGCUAUCAAUUUCCAAUAUUCCUGUUGCAUCAAACAGAUUCUGGACUCAUUUGGUAAUGGCUUAUGCUUUUACAUUCUGGACAUGUUAUGUGUUGAAGAAAGAGUAUGAAACUGUUCAAUCCAUGCGUCUGCAUUUCCUUGCAGCCGAGAACAGGCGCCCUGAUCAAUUUACAGUUUUAGUUAGAAACGUGCCAAUUGAUCCUGAUGAAUCGGUUGAUCAGCUAGUUGAACAUUUCUUCUUGGUUAAUCAUCCCGAUUAUUACCUCACACAUCAGGUUGUAUAUAAUGCUAAUAGAUUGUCUGAAUUGGUAGAGAAGAAAAAGGAAACGCAGAAUUGGCUCGAUUAUUACCAACUUCGAUACUCUAGAAAUCAUGCCAAACGCCCAUUCAAGAAGAUGGGGACUCUUGGACUUUUAGGGAAAAGAGUGGACGCGAUCGAUUUCUAUUCAACAGCAAUUGAGAAAUUGUCAAAAGAAAUAUCAGAAGAAAGGGAGAGGAUAAUUGGGAAUCCAAAAUACAUAAUGCCAGCAGCAUUCGUUUCAUUCAAAACAAGAUGGGGUGCUGCAGUUUGUGCGCAGACUCAACAAACGAGAAACCCGAGUUUCUGGCUAACCGAAUGGGCUCCAGAACCGCGAGAUGUUUAUUGGAAUAACUUAGCCAUUCCAUAUGUUUCAUUAUCCAUUAGGAAACUUAUUAUAGCUGUUGCUUUCUUUUUCCUUACAUUCUUUUUCAUGAUCCCCAUUGCAUUUGUUCAAUCUCUAGCAAACAUAGAGGGAAUUGAGAAAGCUUUACCAUUCCUAAGACCAAUAAUUGAAAUGAAAGGUGUUAAGUCGUUUAUCCAAGGAUUUCUUCCGGGAAUUGCAUUGAAGAUAUUUCUCAUAUUUCUUCCUUCUAUACUUAUGACAAUGUCUAAGUUCGAAGGGCUAAGCUCGAUAUCGGCUUUGGAGAGGAGAUCAGCGACGAGAUAUUACAUAUUUCAGUUCAUUAAUGUCUUUCUCGGUAGCAUUAUCACUGGAACCGCGUUUCAGCAACUUAACAACUUCAUCCACCAAUCCGCGAAUGACAUUCCAGUGACGAUUGGAACGUCGAUACCAAUGAAAGCGACGUUCUUCAUAACAUACAUAAUGGUGGACGGUUGGGCUGGUGUGGCAGGAGAAAUUCUGCGUCUAAAACCGUUAAUUUUUUACCACUUAAAAAGCUUCUUCCUUGUGAAGACAGAGCAGGAUCGAGACGAGGCAAUGGAUCCAGGGAGUAUUAGUUUCAACACUGGUGAACCACAAAUACAACUUUAUUUCUUGCUCGGGCUAGUUUACGCAGUCGUCACUCCUAUUCUUCUUCCUUUCAUCAUCGUGUUCUUCGCAUUCGCAUUCGUGGUUUAUCGUCAUCAGAUUAUAAAUGUUUAUAAUCAACAGUAUGAGAGUGCAGCAGCUUUCUGGCCUGAUGUCCAUGGAAGAAUCAUAACUGCAUUGGUUGUUUCGCAGCUGCUUCUAAUGGGAUUGUUGAGUUCAAAGGAAGCUGCUCAAUCGACUCCUUUGUUGAUCACACUCCCGGUUUUAACCAUUUGGUUUCAUAUCUUCUGUAAAGGACGAUAUGAGCCGGCAUUUGUCAGAUAUCCUUUGCAGGAAGCGAUGAUGAAAGACACUUUAGAGCGAACUAAGGAGCCGAACUUGAAUCUAAAGGAAUACCUUCAAAACACAUACAUGCAUCCGGUUUUCAAGGGGGAAGAAAAAGACGACAAUAGCUCUGCAGGGUCGGAUGAUUGGGACUUGGAACCGGCUCUAGUACCAACAAGCAGGCGUCCUUCGCAAAGCAAACUUAGUUGCUCUUCGCGGUCAUUGCUCCCGGAAGUUCGCGAUAUCCCUUAGGCGAAGUGUUCGUUCUAUCUAGUGCUAAGUCUCUUGAAGCUCAAAAGAGUUUGUUGUACAUGGAGAUAUGGUUAGAGGUUUUUUUUUUUUGUUUUUUGAACUUUUAAUAAUUUUUGAAACUUAGAUUUCUAGUUUUUACAACUAAAAUUGGGUAAGAAAUUAUAUUGGUAGGUUUUUUAAUAUAGAAAUUCUAUCAAUUCAUACAAAAUGAUUCAAAAUUACGUGGUGAAUGAGCUGAUAAAAUAAAUUUGUAAUUUGAGUUAA